AUGCUGGUAACAAGAAUUUUAGGAGGACUAUAUUUGUCUUCGAUUGAUCCCAUUCUCAAGGAAAUUGAUUUGAAAACCGAAUAUGGUAUAAGUCAUAUAGUUUCUGUUGUUCCUGGGGCCAUGAAGGAAUCUUAUUCUUCAGAUUAUGAAUGGAAACAGAUUGAAAUAACAGAUGAAGAAACUACAAAUGUCAUUCAGUACUUUCCAGAGAGUUACAAUUUUAUUGACUCUGGUUUAUUUAAAAAUUCAAACAAUAAAAAACAUCAAGGUUGCGUACUAGUACAUUGCUCGCAGGGUAUUUCUAGGUCAGCUACAUUUAUAAUAGCCUUCUUGAUGCAAAAAUAUCAUUUGAGUAUAGACCAGGCUCUACAUGCAGUAAGAAGAAAGUGUCCUGAUGCUGAACCAAAUCCUGGGUUCAUGAAUCAGUUAAGAUUAUAUAGGGAAAUGGAGUUUAAGAUAGACGAAACUAACCAGAAAUACAAUGAGCUUUUGAAGAACAACGCUUUGAAAGCUGAUCCAACAGGACGGGGCCUAAGAAACAUGAUAAUGGACAAGAGUGAGUCGCCUAAGGAAGUAAAAGAAGAGCAAGCAUACGAACUUCGUUGUAAGAGAUGUCGACAAAUACUAGCUGGCAGUGCCCAUAUUGAAGAUCAUGAUAUCCCUGAGUCAGACUCCCGUCAAGCAAGCUUUAUCAAGACAGCCCCUAAUUCCAGAAGAAUAAUUUCUAUUGAGCGGGCAAGUCUGGAUUGCUCUCACUACUUUUUCAAGGAACCAGUGAAGUGGAUGAAACAAGAAUUAGAUAAGUCUGACAUGGAAGGGAAGUUUCAAUGCCCUAAAUGUUCCUCCAAGGUUGGGGGCUACAGUUGGAGAGGUUCCAGAUGCUCGUGUGGAAAGUGGAUGGUUCCAGCUAUUCAUUUGCAGGAAGCAAAAGUGGAUUAUAUAAAGAAAGAAAACUACUCUUCGUAA